UUGAUUUCCCCCCCCCUCUAAUUUUCAAUUAAUUCUUUACCCACAAUAAUCAGAUAUUUGACUGUAGAAGUUAAUAAAGUCAGUAAAAUGUUUACAGAAAUAUUAUUCUGUUUACCUUCUCUGUCUGCUGUUAUUAUAGUUUCUUAUUGUGAAAGUGUUAGAACCAGAUUUAGUAGUAAAAGAAAAUCAGAAGAUCUGAAUGCAGCUACAGUUAGACUUUUAUUUUGAAGGCGUGUAUGUGGAUUUCCUGUUUAUGUGUGUGUGGUGGACUCGUUUUCUGCCCUGAUGACGGUGAUGAAGAGUGUUUGUUGGGUUUCAACAGUCAGUCUGGUUGUUAUUAAUGUUUUUAUUCAAACAGAAUCUGUUCACUUUUCUGUUUCAGUCUCUUGUUAUGGUUCAUUUUAACAGAAAAGAACCAAAGAAGAAGAACAGAAGAUGAAGAACAAAGUCAGCAGCACUCAAGUGAGUGUGAAGAGGCGCUCCUGGUCCUGGCAGCAGUACCUGAACGAACAGAAAAGUGAAGCUGCUCCUCUGUCACUGUUUACACAGGCCCAGUCCUUUCCCAGCAGGAGAUGUGGUUUUAAAGUUGGUCUGAAGUUGGAGGGCGUCGACCCGCUUCACCCGUCCAUGUUCUGUGUCCUGACGGUCGCUGAGGUGAUUGGCUGCCGGCUCCGUCUCCAUAUUGACGGCUACUCUGAGUGCUAUGACUUCUGGGUAAACGCCGACUCGGCUCACAUCAGGCCGGCGGGCUGGUGCCACGCCCACAACCACAGGCUCCACCCCCCCAGAGGUCACAGUGAGACAGAGUUUGAUUGGCAGCUCUACCUUCAGUCCACAGGCUCUCAGGCUGCCCCGCCCACCCUGUUCACCUGUCGCCCUGCCAGCUGUGGGUUCAGCGUGGGGAUGAAGUUGGAGGCGGUCGACAGGAAGAACCCCGGACUCGUCUGCGUCGCCUCCGUCGCUGAUGUCAUCGACGACCACUUCCUGGUUCACUUCGACAACUGGGAUGACACGUACGACUACUGGUGUGACAGCAGCAGUCCGUACAUCCAUCCUGUCGGCUGGUGUCAAGAGCAGGGACGACCUCUGACCUCCCCACAGGGUCAUCCGAACCCAGAGAACUUUGUUUGGGACGAAUAUCUGCAGGAGACUGGUUCCAUUUCUGCUCCCAGUACAGCCUUCACACUGAGAGCUCCUCAUGGUUUCCAGGUGAACCAGAAGUUGGAGGCGGUCGACCGCAGGAACCCCAUGUUGAUCCGCGUCGCCACGGUAACAGAAACAGAAGACUACACCGUAAAGGUCCAUUAUGACGGCUGGUCGGAGCAGUUUGACGUGUGGAGCGACAGCGACCUCUGUGACCUUCAUCCUGUCAGCUGGUGUCAACGCACAGGACACCCACUGGAACCCCCCCCAGAUCCGUCCCCCCUGCCGUCCCCUCAGGGCGUCUGUCCCACUGCAGGCUGCAGAGGAGUGGGACACAUCAGAGGAGCCAAAUACACAGGACACCACAGUGCCUUUGGCUGUCCGUACUCGGACUUGAACCUGCGUAAGGAGGCGAUUCUUCCCGAUCGACUCGGAGUAGAACGAGUCGUCACACUCGUACCUGUCACCAUGUAUCACCAUGGCAACCAGUCAGACAGGAGUGAUGAGUCGGAGCCGAAAGAUGAGACUCUGCUGCUUCCACUGGGGAAGAGAAAGAGUCAGACAGACAGACUGUCGCAGCCAACCAAGUUCCUCCGAGUGAAACAGGAAGAGGAGGAGCUUCACAUCAGAGCGCUCGGCCCAGCAGAGACCAGUCUGCAGGCUGCCCUCCAUCAGUCUGUCUUCCUGUCGGCCAUGUCGGCGCAGCCUGGCCGCGACCUGUCUCUCUGCUGGGAGCAACACCGCAAACUGCUGCCAGGAGUCUCCAGAGUCCAGGCCGAGUCCGUCCAACACUGGAGCGUCCAGCAGGUGUCAGACUUCGUUGAGUCUCUCCCCGGCUGUGUGGAUCAGGCCAAACAGUUCAGAGACGAGCAAAUCGAUGGGCGGGCCUUCCUCCUACUCACCCAACGGGACAUUGUCAGGAUCAUGUCAAUCAAACUUGGUCCCGCCCUUAAAAUCUUUAACUCCAUCCUGAUGUUUAAACACGCCGAGGAUAAGAACCAAUCACACGCCGGGGACAGGAACCAAUCACACGGCAAGGACAGGAACCAAUCACACGCCGGGGACAGGAACCAAUCACACGCUGGGGACGAAAACCAAUCACACACCGUGGACAGGAACCAAUCACACCCUGGGGACAGGAACCAAUCAAACGCCGGGGACGGGAACCAAUCACACACCGGGGACGGGAACCAAUCACACAUCGUGGUCAAGAACCAAUCACACCCUGGGGACGGGAACCAAUCACACGCCGGGGACGAGAACCAAUUACACACCGUGGUCAAGAACCAAUCACACCCUGGGGACAGGAACCAAUCACAGACUGGGUACAGGAACCAAUCACACGCCGGGGAAGGAAACCAAUCACACGCCGGGGAUGGGAACCAAUCACACACUGGGUACGGGAACCAAUCACAAGCUGGGGACAGGAACCAAUCACAUGCUUGGGACAGGAACCAAUCACACACUGGGGAUAGGAACCAAUCACAUGCUGGGGACAAGAACCAAUCACACUCAGAGGAUAAGAACCAAUCACACGCCGGGGACAAGAACCAAUCUCACGCCGGGGAAAGGAACCAAUCACACGCCGGGGAAAAGAACCAAUUACAUGCCGGGGACGAGAACCAAUCACAUGCCGGGGACAAGAACCAAUCACAUGCUGGGGACGAGAACCAAUCACACGCCGAGGACAGGAACCAAUCACACGCCGGGGACAGGAACCAAUCACACGCCAGGGACAGGAACCAAUUACACUCAGAGGACAGGAACCAAUCGCACGCCGGGGAAACGAACCAAACACAUGCUGGGGACAAGAACCAAUUACACGCCGGGGACAGGGACCAAUCACAUGCCAGGGACAGGAACCAAUCACAUGCUGGGGACAGGAACCAAUCACAUCCUGGGGACAAGAACCAGUCAUACUCAGAGGACAAGAACCAAUCAAACUCAGAGGACAGGAACCAAUCGCAUGCCGGGGAAAAGAACCAAACACAUGCCGGGGACAAGAGCCAAUCACAUGCCGGGGACAAGAACCAAUCACAUGCCGGGGACAAGAACCAAUCACACGCCGGGGACGGCUCGGUUCUAUUGGACGAGCUUCAUUUUCUGUCCAAUCAUCCGUCAGAUUGUGACAUGUGACACC